AUGAACUUUGUGUUGGUACAGAGCGCGCUCCAGACUCACCGUGCGCGCGUAAACACAGUAAUCCAAAAACCACCACGCACUCCAGCGGACUCAUCCUCGCAUGUUCCCACAUCCAGCGCCAGCUCCUGCGUAAAAAUCCACAACUUCUGCGCCAGAUUCAGCACAAACUCAGGGCGCGUCACGGAGCGAUACACACAGACAGGUCUCCCAUCCGCUCUGCCCCAGCCUCACAGCGGGGCGGCAUCCGGAGAGCGACGCCGAGAUCAGUGCGACAGCUCCGGGUGUAGGUCCUCAUCGGAACGCGAGCCCCCGACGCGGCUCCGGUCUCAGGCUCCGGUCUCAGGCUCCGGUCUCAGGCUCCGGUCUCAGGCUCCGGUCUGGGCUCCUUCAGUCCUCCGCCUGCGUCCCCACGUCCCCCGCGGCGGAAGCCUCACGGCGCAGCUCCAACUGCGCAGAUACCUCUCCCUCCUGUGGCAGACGCAGGCGCUGGUGCCACAGGGAGCGGCCCGGACGGCACAGGGUCCGGGAGAAGCGGAAGAGGAGCGGAAGAGGAGCAGGAGAGGAGCAGGAGAGGAGCAGGAGAGGAGCAGGAGAGGAGCAGGAGAGGAGAAUGAGAGGAGCAGGAGAGGAGCAGGAGAGAGGAGAACUUCACCUCCGCUCCCUCCUCACAGUCACCGCGUGGGCUGA